AUGGACAACGCCACCUUUUCGGCAACUGCUGUGCAAUGCUAUCGGGCAACAACUAAACGAUUUAACGUUAAUUUUUGCGACAAUGACCGAAUCAACCAUCUCGUCGUCGCGAAGAUUUCUGGAAUUCUGAAAAUGUCUGAGGACAGCGUCGCCAUGUUCGCGAUUGACGAAACAACACACUUGGUGCAGAUCACCGCCAACGAAGACACCAUCGUAACUGAAUUGAACCUUACAAUGGCUAUUGUUGAACUACUACAAGUAUUCAUGGAUCUAAGCAUGCCAAUAAGCUCGAUAGAACAGAUCGACUAUCCCGUGAUAUGUUUCGGAUCGAUAAAACUACUUGUUCAGCAGAACGUCGACGGUGUCACAAUCGAGAUCUACAAUCAUUUCGAUGUUCUUUCUGGAAAAUGGACCAAUAUUCGUUUACAAGAUGAUUUAUCAAAGAGCACUGCAGAAAAAACUGAGAAAGCAAUUGCAGUGGAAUCUGAGAGUCCAACUUUAAAGUGCAUGUUGAAAAUAGGUAUUGAUUGUACUGAAGAAAAUCGCCAUGAAACGUUCACCUCUAUCGGAUUGGACUCGUUAAAAACGGCUGAACUCGAGAUGGCGCUACAAGCCGACUAUCCGAAUUACCGUAUUCCGACAGGAAUCGUUCAUCGUUGUCCCACCGUAGCCGAAAUGGACGCUUAUCUCUUGUCACGUGCUGAUAUAUUCGACAUAAAUAAAGAUACUACCGUUUAUUCUCAUCAUAUACCACUUUCAUCACAACAAAAACGCUUACUUUUUAUGAAUGAACUUAAUCCAGCAAGAAAUGCUCAAUUCAAUGAGAAUUUGGCUUUUUCGAUAAGUUAUGAGAACUUUGAUGAGCGAAGGUUGUUAAUGGCAAUGAAUUCAGUGAUAAUGAGGCAUACCAUUCUCCGGACGAGUUACACUAUUGAGAGUCAACGCAUUCAUUCUGGUACCGAAUCGUUUCUGGCUAUUCUGAAAUGCGACGUAGCUCUAGAAGAGUUCGUAUCGUUCCCAGUUGACAUAAGUAAAUGCUGCCUUCAGUUUUGUGUUAGUAAAUCAGCCGAUCGAAUAGCGAUCUGCCUUGUCGUACACCACAUUGCUGUUGAUGGCCAUUCAAUUAGUAUCAUUACACAGGAAAUAGAGGCAUUUUACACAGGAGCAGAGCCGCAAACCAUAAAUCCCAGGCAAUAUGUGGAUUACUGCAUCCUCACGUCCGAUCUUCCUUAUAGUAAUGAACUAGCGGAAUGGAGUAGAAAAUUGCAGGGACGAGAAUUUCAGCUUCUUCCUACCGACAAACCACGAACCAGCGCUAAAUCAUGUAAUGGUGCUGUUCUUCAAAAACGUCUCACUAACAAACUACAAGAAUCGAUGAAAAAAAUUCGAAAACUCGCUAACUGUACUAAUUUUUGCGUUUUCGUAGCGAUUUACAAGUUUCUCAUCUAUAAAACCACUGGUAUCGUCGAUUUUCCAAUAGGAUUUUCGUCGACAUCACGUAGGAAAGAGUUUUGGUCAACAGUUGGUUGUUUUGUGAACACCACACCACUCUUAGAAGUAGUAAAUCCUUCGAUAACGGUGAGUAAAUAUAUACUCGAUAUAUCAGCAGCUAUUUCUGAGGCCAGAAGGAUUGAUGUUCCACUAGAUGUACUCGUAAGUCAUCUGAAAAUCGAUAGGAGUGACGAUAUGUUGCCGAUUUUUCAAGUUCUACUCGUCAUGGACAACAUUAAAGCGCCGCCUCCAAAUCAGGGCAUCGUCGUACUCGAUCUAUCGAAUCGCCUGGCUAAGUACGAGCAGACAUGGUACUUUCAGGAUAACGGUACUUCUUUCGAUAUUCGAGUAGAGUACAACUGCGAACUGUUCCGAGCGGAAACGAUUUCAGAUCUUCUCGAUCGAUUUCUGUAUAUUCUUGAUGAUUUCGGCAAGAAUUCGUGCGUUCGAUUUCUGAAAGAUAUCACAAUUACUACCAAAAGUGAACAAAAAUCAUUUAUUGAAACAAGCACUUUAAAUCGUGGUGACUUUCCUAAGAAAACAGUACUCCAGAUUUUUCAGAAAAGUCUCUAUUCUAAGAGUUCAGUCAUUUUCAAGAAGCAACGAAUUAACUACAGGGAACUGGACGAAAAAAGCUCCCACAUGGCAGCAGACAUUUGUAGAGUAUACUGUAAUCACUACGGUGAAUUGCCAUCAAGAGAUAGAUGUGCUGCCGUAUUUAUGAAACGAAGUCUAGAACUUCCGGUGACAAUCGUCGCUAUAUGGAAAAUCGGUCUCACGGCGGUUCCUAUAAGUUUAGAUUGGCCACCGGAACGAACAAUAGAAACGUUGAAGAUGUUUGAAAAUCCUAUAGUAAUCGAAAAUGAUUUUGAAGGACUGAAAAACACAGCAGGAUAUCGGAUCUUCCCAUUGAUCAUUCCGAGGAGCGUCCGGUCGUCGAUGUCAAAAUGGUGGAAUACGGCAGACCUGUUCGACUUGGCAUACAUCACCUGUACCUCUGGUACUACAGGCAAACCGAAAGCAGUUUGUACAGAGUUUUAUGGUCACAGUAAUUUGGCUGCGGCCUAUACGCGAAUGUUUUUAAUUCGUGAACAAUCGCACAUUUAUCAGGUGGUGAACUAUGGCUUCGAUAUCUUCUUUGCGGAUCUCUCAAAAACUCUAGUAAACGGUGCCACUAUGACGUUGGCUGCUGAACUAAUACCGAACCUUGAAGAAAUGAAUGAUGUCACUAACGCCUAUAUAAUGCCUAUCUACCUUUCAUCGUUAUCGAUUACAGAUAUUAACUCUUUAAACCUUCUUGAAUCAAUUCAAUUUGGUGGGGAAACUAUUCAAGCUCUCGCCCUCAGACGACUCUUAGAGACCGAUAUCAGUAUUUAUCAAGAAUACGGAGUUACAGAACAAACAGUUUACACAAACUGCAAUCGGAUAAACGUACGCAGUGCCAUUUCAGAAAUUGGAAAGCCCCACUGUAACCUGUACACAGUGGUGAGAGAUCCAAACGAGCAACUGCUGCCGCUUAAAUACCAAGGAAUUCAUUACCUUGGAGGUUGCGGACUAGCCAGAGGAUACUACAGUGAUCCUAUGUUAACAGCUUCCGUCAUACAGCAAGGUUUACUUGGCAAAGAAUUUCGGAGUGGUGAUAUGGUAAAGUCAGAAAAUGGACGUCUUCAGUUUGUUGGACGCGACGAUUUGCAAAUUCAAUAUCAUAUUGGUCAACACGAUGAUGUCGAAGCGAACAUUGUCGGAGUAGAUGACAAUGAUGGUGUGAAGGAGCUCGUUGCGUACGUGAUACUUAAGGCGUCGAAAGAGUCGACUGACGCAAUUCGGUCAUUUCUGAGCAGUCGCCUCCCAGGCUAUUGCAUUCCGAAAUAUUUCAUUAGUCUGAAGGAGUUCCCAGUGAAUCAAAAUGGCAAAGUUGACAUAAGCCAAUUUCCAAAACCUCGACAACAUUCAACGCCAUCAAAUUUGAGACAUCCGAGAAAUAAACUGGAAACGACAGUGAUCACUUCAUUCCGGAAAUAUACCGGAAGAGAUCACAUGGCGAACGAGAGCUUUUUUGCUAGAGGUGGAGAUUCCAUUAAGGCGAUGCUGGUCUUACAGGAUCUUGCUGCGCAAGGCCUACACAUCGAUCUAAAGUCCUUUUUCUCGUUGCAAACUGCGGAGAAAAUCGCGGCGUUCCUAAACGAAAACUCGAUGCCGUUAAGGAAAUCUCGAGACGAUAAAACUCUUUCAUGCAAUAUUUCGCUUUCAGCUCAACAAAGACGACUAUGGUUUCUUGUUAAAAAGCAUCCGAAUCGGGAUUCCUAUGUGAUUCGUCUUCACAUCGACUUCAUCGGUGUGUUGAUAAAGAAAAGACUACUGGAGUCAUUCAAUCUGGUUAUCAUGAACAAUUCACUGUUAAGAUCGAUAAUCUCUCUUAUCAACCAUGAGCCAACCUUUCUUACAUUGUCAGGUACGGAAUGUUUUUAUGCGCUUGAACCAAAUGAAUUAGAAGACGUUCAAGUAACUGACUCUUCUUUGGUGAUCGGACAAUUGUUUGAGGGAGAUUGUUCUCGACUAGAUCUCAGAAUCCAUCAUAUUAUUAGCGAUGGCAGAAGUCUGGCGAUUAUUGCUGAACAGCUAGCAGGUGCUUACAAUAGUGUUGAAAUCAUUCCCGAUGACAACUUGCCUGAAAAUGAUGAACUCGAUGAUUCAUUGGCGUUUUGGAGGCAAUAUUUAGAGGGCUACGAACCCAUUUCAGUUCAAAGAAAAGCCGAAAACGAUGACACUGAUGGAAAAUCGGGUUAUCUUAUUGAAGAACUCGAUUUUAUCGAUAGUCUUAAGUUAGAGGAGUUUUGCGCUAACUACUGUUGUACGCUUUAUCAUAUAGUAAUGUUGUCGUUUGUCAAUGCACUAAGAAUGACAUACGACCUGAACGAUGUUGUAGUUGGAACUACUGUCGCCAAUCGAUCUCCGGUGAAUCUGAAUCGGGUAGGCCUUUUCGCAAAUACUGUACCAUUGAGAUUUAGGAAAGAAUUUCCUGAUCUUGAGAGACAGUUACGAUACACAAUUGAUCAGAUCCUAUCUGCCAUGGAACAUCAAUCUACUUCCCUAGCCAGGAUCGUCGAAGACGUUGUCAAUGAUCGAGAUUCAACAACAAUCAAUCCUCUUUUCGAGCACGUCGUCACUUUUGAAAGUGCUUCCCUCUCGAAUUUUCCGUCGAUGAAUGGUUUACGAACUAAGGUCACCGAGGUGAAAUCCGAAUUUGUUCAGUUCGACCAGAGCUGGAUUUUCCAUCCUGGAAAAAAAUUAUCUUUGUUGAUACAAUACAACACAGGUCGAUACUCAUUAGACUCUGUGAAAGAACUACUAACUGGAUUUAAAAAGACUUUAUUGAACACCUUGAGAAACUCCACUCUAGGAUUUAUACGACAACCGGAGAAAAACGCUUUAUUUUAUGACAUACCACGAAACAGGUGCCUGGGAAGGAUUUUUAGAGAGCAGGCAGGAAUGUUGCCCUAUGGAGUUUGCCUUGAAUCGAAUUACCAAACGACCACCUAUUCAGACGCCUUGAGAAUGUCAGAAAAGUUUGCGCAUAGAAUGGAAAAUGCUAUUCUUAGGCAUCACGGUGUUACACCUGCAGUAGACGACUUUAUUUGUCUGAUUCUUAACGAGUCAAUAGAAAACCAUAUUGCUAUUGAAGCAGUGCAUCUCCUAGGUUGUGCAUAUCUAAGUAUGUCACCAGAUACGCCAAUCGAACGAAUACGUCACGUAAUAAUGGACUGCCAACCUAAGCUUAUCGUCACCGACCUACAUUUCCAAACUCUCCCAUUACCUACUUUGUUGCUAGAGCUGCUUGAACCUGAUAGGAGUCCACGGUUUCUAUUUCGAUCGUGUUCAAAUUCUCUGGCAUACGUAAUCUACACGUCUGGUACUACAGGGAGUCCCAAGGGAGUAUGUGUAAGUCACCAGAGUACCCUGAAUAUGUUAGCGCAUGCCACAAGGCACUACAAUUUUCGCCCAAUGGCCAAAGUCUUGCAAUUGACAAAAAGCUCUUUUGAUGCCAGUAUAAGUAAUACGUUCGGGUGUUUGUUAAAUGGUGGUGUUUUAAGUGUAACAAGUGGAAAGGAGGAAAUCAUCAGCGACUUGUGCGCUCGGCAGCCGAUUACCACAUUGCAUAUGACUCCUAUUAUCCUGGAUAUGUUGGACAAUGACGACUUCGACCAACUUCACGAUGUGGAACGUUGGAGUUUUGGAGGGGAAACCAUGUCAGAGUCGACGAUGAACUCCAUGAUCGAACGAGGUUAUCGCAUUGUCCAACUGUAUGGACCAACAGAGACCACAUGUUAUGUGACAUUGCUAGAAAUGAGAAAAACCAUAACACCUACCUGUUUAGGUCCCGUCAUCUCAGGUUUGUUCUAUGGGCUAUGCUCUUUUCAAAAUCAUAUGGCACAACGAAAAUCAAUUGGACAGUUUUAUUGCAGUGGUGAGAAUUUAGCGCGAGGAUAUAUUGGUUCAGCACAAAAAGGAUUUGUUGAAAAUCCGUAUAGGACCAUUGAAGACAAAAUAUUGCUAAGAAACACGAAAAUCUACUUAUCAGGGGACAGAAUAUCGUGUGAUGAAAAUCAAUAUCUCCAAUUUCUUGGACGCGAAGACGAUCAGGUUAAAAUCAAAGGUCAACGAAUCCAACUAUCUGAAAUAGAGAAUGUCGCUCGAAAAGUGGACGGUGUGCAGAAUGCUGCCGCUGUUCUCCAGAAGGACAAAGCGAACAUGAACCACAUUGUUCUGUUCCACACAGGAACGGCGAACAAUCUUUUGACGUUUCUUCGGGAAAGACUUCAAAAUUACAUGGUACCAUCUAAGAUUAUUCAUCUCGUCAAAUUUCCGUUGACCACAAAUGGGAAAAUCGACAAAAAAAACUUGUCAAGUAGAAGUGAUAUCAAGGACAAUUCAACAUCAGUUCAAAUACCAAAGGACUACUUUGAGGAGGGUGUUCUAAACAGCUAUCGGGAGGUUCUCAAACAACCUGACGUCAAUGUUUGCUCAAAUUUUUUCCAAGUUGGCGGACAUUCGCUCCUUGCAGUUCGUCUAGUGGAUGCAAUUCAAAAUACUUUCGGUGUUUCCGUUCCAAUAGUGAAAGUGUUCGAGUUUCCAGUGGUGGCAGAUUUAGCUCGAUGGAUAAAAAACUGUCAAAAUCCGCAAAUCAUUCCAGCUAUCAGCAAGGAAUUAUGUUCUAAAGAGAACGACAAACCUACCCCUUUACAGCUGACGUUGCUUCGCAGCUUUAGAAACCCGCAGGUGCAAGCGCUUUACGAAAUUUCGUUUAACAUAAUGUUAAAAAAGUUGAUCAGCGCGAAGAAACUAAGGAAAAUUGUCAAUAAUCUUACGAUGAUCCAUCCAUCAUUGAGGACUCGAUUUGUCAGGAUUCACAAAAAAUGCUUCAAGGAGGUACUAUCAGGAACUGAAUGCUAUCAAAAGCUGGACAGCAAGGCAACCUUGGGACUUGAUCUGCUACAAAAACCUCCUUUUGUUAUCUGCGCUGACGGCAAGAACCUUCACCUAGUGGUAAAUCAUAUAAUCACUGACGGUCACUCAAUGCAUUUAGUUGUGAGAAAUCUUCUAAGGUUACUAAGUGGGGAGCAAAUCGCGAUGGAUGACAGUCACCUAUUUCAUUCAUGGAUCCAUAAUCAAUUUCAAGAGCUUGGAGCUGAUCAUCGCCAAUACUGGGGCACCCGGCUUAAAAACUUUGUCUACAAUCAACUUCCAACUAGUCAUCCUCGUCUGGUCAUAAGAGGCAAACAAGCGGCCUCGUUAAAUUUCCAUGUGUCUCAACUGCGUAAAAGGAUCGAUUCGUGGGCACACACUUAUUGCUGUACACCAUUUGUUGCUGUCCUGGCACUUUUGUCACGCACUCUUCAAUCGAUCAGUUAUGAUCCAUCAAUGCCCGUUGCCAUAGGGUUCCCUGUUAACCUUCGGACCCAUAAGUUACAGAAUUCAGUUGCAUACGGCAUAAGCACCGUAAUGAUAGCUCACGACACAACAGAGAGUCCGGAGAAGGUAGUUGGAGGUAUAUCGAUGGAAGUCGCACAAGCAAUGUCCCACGCUUUUUUGCCUUAUGACCAGUUAAUGGAAUUGUCUCCAUCCAAGAAGCUCUUCAGUGCGAUGCUAACAUUUGACGACUACUCAGUGGAGGAGAAUGAAAUAUUCCGGGUCGAUCAUGUUGUAGUUGCGACUACAAAAUUUGAGCUUUCAAUCUUUGUAGAUUCCAACAGUGACUGCAUACGGGUAGAAUAUAACAAAGAACUUUAUAAAAAAAGCUUUAUUGAAAGUCUCAUGGAUAUCUUUAACAGUGUGGUUUCUGAUUGGUUUGCUAUUCCGAAACAGAUCUUUCAUUCAAAAGCCAGACAGCUACUUCGUGUAGAUGGCGUCAUCUACGAUACAAUUGACAUUCAACACCACCUUGAAUCUCUAGCACUGUCUGAUCUACACGUUAAAGUAUCCAAUUCCAAAAGUGUGGAGUUGUUCUACAGUUGCGACACCAAUAAGAACGAAGUUAUUCGUGAAAAGCUGAAGCAACUUCCGGAACCACUUCGACCGAAGCGAAUAUUUUGCCAGCCUAAAAACACCUUCGAGUUUCCAUUGAGUACUCAACAAUUACAAAUGUAUUACCUCUCGCAUGAAAAGUCAUCAUUCUAUGUUCUUCCAUUCCUAAAGAAGUUUUCAAAGACCAUUCCAGCAUCACAUAUUCAGAAAGCAUUACUGUACGAAAUCCAACGGCAUGAAUCACUGAGAACCAUAUUUUUCGAAUUUCAAGGUGAACCAAGACAACUGGUGCUUUCUAUGACCGAGGGCUAUAUUGGUCUUAAUGUUGAAAAAACAGCUAAUCUUAAGAGGUCACUGACGGUAUUUAUAAAAUCUUCAGUUGACCUAUCAGAAGGAGUUCCACUAAGAGCCGUUUUAUUCGAAACUCCAGAUUAUUUUGUAGCGAUGUUACGAUUGCAUCACAUUAUCUCUGAUGCUUGGUCGACUAGAAUGCUUGAACAAGAGCUGGGAGAAAUUCUUGAAAAACUGAACGCUUCUGAAAACCCUGAAUUCCUUAGACAAACGCUUUCCUACAAGAAAUACUGCUUGGAAGCGCAACCAACACCUGUGAUCAACAGUCUCUACAUUGACGCGUUAACGGAAUCGGACUACAUUCCAGAAAUGUCGUAUCACGGAGGUGUCGAAGUGCUGAGUUUUGACUUUUCGGAGUCGGUGGCACAUCAGUGGAUGAAGCGUUGCAGGGUCUCUUUCUUUGUCGUAAUGUUAAAAAUUCUUUCCAAAACCAUCAUGAAUGAGUACGGACUUAGAAGUAUCAACAUUGGGUCAGCGAGUUCUGGUCGCUCGCCAGGGUUAAAGAAUGUUUUUGGCUACUUUCUGAACAAUCUGGUAUUUCACAUAAGACAAGAAGUAGAAUUGAAAUCGCCUGAGACGCUACAACAACACGUUGCAGAAGUGAUCUCAAGAAAUAUACCGUACCCUCAGCUAGUCGACACUGUGCGCCAACGAGUACCACAUCUCCGGCCGUUAUUUCAGGUAUACUUUAAUUGUCGAUACGAUAUGGAAACUCAUAAAGAUGAUGACAUAGCUGUAAAAUCUCUUCUGCCGGUCAGAUCGGAAUUUCCUUUCGAAAUCGACUUAGAUAAAAACUCUACAGGUCAUUAUGUUACGCUCAGAGUACAGGACUGUUUGCCCAAAGGCGUUGGAGAAUCGCUUAUGAAGGCGAUUCAAUCGGCACUUCUAACAGGGACCUCUCACCAGUCAGUGCCUAUAAAAAACCAAAUUAGUGUCACUUAUCCACUCGAGCUAGUAUUACAAAUAGCAAAGAAGGUUCUUCUUUUGGAAACGAUUGACUAUAAUGAGAAUUUCUUCUCAAUCGGUGGAAAUUCGUUGCAAGCUAUCGCGUUCAUUGAACAGAUUGAAGAAACCGUAGGAGUAGAAGUCAACAUUUCUACCGUUUAUCAAAUGAAAUCAUUUUUGAAAUUUUCUGACUAUUUGCGAUCAGUCAUUCCUACACAGCCACCCGAAACACCAAAUGAAAACGUACAGGCUUCUGGUGGUCCUCAUAAAAUUGGAGUUGCUAGUGGAUAUCCUUUUGUUCCAUUAAGGAAAGAAAGGUCGACCUUUAAAAAUUUCUGCGCUACCGAUACCCCAUGCCGAGGUCUAAAUACAAUGUUUCAUGAGAUGAUGGCGUAUGGAACAAAGCAGGCAUUAUUCGAACCCGACGUCUCCCAAGUAACCUACGAGGAAUUGGCUGAUAUGAUAGCUAGGAAAGCGGCCACGGUAAGAGACCACUACUGUCAAAUCACUGGUGAAACUCUUCGGGCUGAUACCAUUAUACCAGUACUGGGCCAACGAUCGGCGUCCACAAUCAUCACAUGUUUAUCUGUUAUGGCGUCCGGCUCAGCUUAUCUUCCUAUGGACUCCAGUUGGCCUUUAAAACGCCUCUGUACGCUUUUAGAUGAUUCACAUGCUAACUGCUACGUUGGUCCGAAGAUUGCUGAAAUCGAUCUGCCCAACAUUAUGAUUAAACCUAUGUGCAAAAAAAACUGUCAACGAAUCAAAUCCGAUUCUGUUGAAGAUCUCGCUUAUGUUAUUUACACCUCUGGAACUACUGGUAUUCCUAAAGCAGUUUGCAUUAACCGUAGUUCACUGAUCAAUACGAUGGCUUCGUCCACUGUUGGCUUUCGGAUACGAACCGAAGACGUAAUUUACCAGUUCACGAUGUUCGUCUACGACAAUAGUGUGUUGGAGAUCUUCAUGACCCUGACGAACGGUGCACGAUUGGUCAUUGCUCAAGGUGAAUUUCUUCCAAGAACGUUUACAAAUCUUCUUACUAAUCAUGGUAUUACUCACUGCCUUCUUUUUCCUGGAGUCGUUUCGACAUUUAGAGAUGCUAAUUUCAAGAAAUUAUCCACUCUUCGGUAUUGGAUUGUUGGUGCCGAGAAAUUGCCACAGAAUUUACUUAACAGAGCCAUCGAUGAAGGGAUAAACGUCAUUCAAAACUACGGACCCACAGAGACUACUGCUUAUGCCUUGACAAAGCAUAUGAAGAACAGGGAUUACGCCGAAAACAUCGGUCGUCCGAUUCAAAACACAACGAUUUCAGUGACUGAAAAAGGACAACUAUUAAUCAAAGGUAGAGGAGUCAUGCGCGGAUAUUUAAAGAAACACUCGCAUUACCUUCUUGGUAAGGAUGAGUGGUACUCUACUGGUGACCGUGUCCAACUUCUUCCUAAUGGAGACGUGCUUUUCGUCGAUCGGGCAGAUAGCCAAGUGAAAAUCCACGGUCAUCGCGUUGAACUCUCCGAGAUCGAGACCACUAUCACCAGCCUAGGUGGCGUUGGUCAGUGUAAAGUGGUUUGGAGAGCCACUGACGAAAAGCUGCUGGCAUUCUGUACUAGACAGCCAAAAGACAAUUUAAAUGAAGAGUUAGUUUAUGAACGAUGUCGUAAAAGCCUUCCCAAACAUAUGUGCCCUACCCAUGUUAUUUUUUUAGACAGGUUUCCGUUAACGAAAAACUCAAAAAUCGACUUGGCAGUUCUUUCUGAAAACUGGAAAGAUUUUCUCAGGAUGAAGUCAUUCCUUCAACUUCUAGAGCAUGUUCUCGGAAAAAAACCGUGUUCGAGUUUAACUCUUUUGGAGGUUGGUGGCUCAACGAGAGAUGCAAUCGCUUUAAAAAGACUUUAUUUCUCCAUGUUUGGAGGGCACCUGAAUGUUUCGAAGUUAAUGAAGAUUCCUUUGAAAGAUAUUCAAAAAGCUGAGCUUGACACUGGCGACAAUCAAAAUCAUGUAAACGGGAAUGAAUCACUCACUCAUCGGCUUCGUAGGGUUUGGUCAAAAGUACUUAAGCACCAGAAUUUUUGUAAUAAUGAUCAUUUCUACUUUUGUGGUGGUAAUUCGAUGUCGCUUACGAAACUACGCUAUGAAUUAAACAAAGAGUUUCGCACGAAUUUUGAAGUCAGAGAUUUGUUAAAAGUCCUAGUGUUCAACGAUAUGAUGGCAUUGUUUCUAUCAACGAGCGUCCUAACACGAAUCGUGACAGUUGUCCAUCAUUCUACUGCUAGGCCUCAGUACCUGCUGAUAUUCGUCCAUACGCUCUAUGGAGGUUGUACUGCGUAUGCCAACUUAAUUCAUCACUUCAGACGAUUGGGAAGCGUCGAUGUUCUCAUGGUGGAACAUCCGAACACAUUUCGCUUCGAAACCGAUGAACCGCGAUUUCAUGAAAACAUACAAUUGCUCGCUGACAGUUACUAUGCCGAGAUUCAAAGGUGGCUGGACAGCAGCAACGACGGCGGCGGUGCUGGCGAUGACGACGUCGGUUCGGCACGCGUUGCACUGAUCGGAGCUUCGAUUGGCGGUACGAUAGCCUUUGAGAUGUCAAAGCAUUCACGCAGCGAAUGUGAUGUCAUCAUUAUCGACAGCGGAACUGAUUACGAAAAACUACACGAGCUCAAGUUUGGCGAACAUUUUAAGAGCAUCAAUGAGGCGCUUUUGAAUCAUGAGCUUGACGAUGAAACGAGAUUCUGGAUGGUUGUGAAUUCCUGGGACCUACUACAAAUGCUCAAGGGCUACAAACUGUCUCCGUCACCUAAUCUGCGGACACUCACGGUGUUCUCUGUCGAUGGCACUGAUCUCGGAUGGAGCAGGAAAAUCGCUGGAACUCACUUCAACAUUCUUUCGUCGGAGAACAGUGAUGUAAUGGCCGCUGAAAUCGUUCGCGCUUUGUCUCUGUAA